AUGGCUGCCAGUACACCGACCAAAAAAUACCCACUGGGUUCUCCACAAGAACACAUUAAAAUGUGUGAAAUCCAUGAAAAAACUAUUGAUAUGGUAUGUGAGGACUGUGAUGAAUUUAUUUGUGUUGAGUGUGCCUUAACAGGGCAUGGAGGGCAUGAUCCGAAAACUCUUUCUACGGCAGCCACUCAGAGGAGGAGAGGUCUACUUAAAUUUUUGAAGAAGAUCAAGGAAGAGGAUCUUCCUGGGAUUGAUGAGAAGAUGGAGAAGAUUCCACAACAGAUUACAGAAAAUAAAGAAUUGUGUGACUCUGAGAUUAAGAAGCUACAGAGGCAUUAUGAUAAAAUUAUAGCCGGGUUGACAGAAAUCAGAACACGUAAUGAACAAAAACUAAGAGACAAUCUAGUUAAAAAGAAUGAUCAGUUGAACUAUGUUAAAUCUCAGUUAGACAAUAAGAAAAGAGGAAUUAUUGACACAGUGGAAUUCAUGGAGGAGAACAACACUACCAUGUCAGAUUACAGCUUGAUUGACAACUACAGAGAACUUAGAAAAAUGCUGUCUGAAUUGGAGGUUCAUAUGACAAACUGUGAAUAUUCAGUGAGGUUCGUUAGAGGUGAUAUCAAGGAAGACUUACUUGAGUCUUUGUUUGGAAGAACUUUGGAUUUAGAGAAUAUUGGAGCGACUAAGAUAAAGUCAUUUGAAUACGGAGAUGAAGAAAUUAUUGUGUUGAAGGCAUAUAGUGAGGACCAAUGUUACGUUAAAGAAGUUAACUCAGAAUAUACAGAAAUAGUUAGCAAAGAAGGAAACAAAAAGAAGAAAUUUAGUAUCACACCUUUUGAAAUGUGUGUGACUAAUACCGGUGAUAUUUAUUUCACUGAUGAUAGCAACAAGUCCAUCAGCUGUCUUUUACCAUCAGGAUCUGUGUCAACAGUCAUCAGUACAGAUCCACUGAUACCAGUAGGAAUCUGUCAGUCAGUGGUCGGUGGAUUACUGGUCACCUUGAGAGAUUAUGAAUCAGAUGAUUAUAAAUUAAAGUCACACAGCAGACGUCUGGUGAGAUACAUCACAGUGACAGGUGACGUCAUCCAUGAGUAUGAGUACCAGGAGGACGGUCAGAGCAGACUGUUUACAGUGCCAACCAGACUCACACAGAACAGUAACAGUGAUAUCUGUGUUGUGAACCGUACAAAUAAAUUCACCGGUGAUCUAGUAAUUAUGUCUCCUUCUGGUAGUUUAAAGUAUGUUUAUCGUGGACAGAACCUGAUAGAGGACUUUUGUCCAUCAUUUGUAGUAUGUGACUCUCUCUAUAACAUCCUUGUUACUGACCAUAACAACAAACAGAUCCAUCUGCUGAGUUCUGACGGAGGAUUCCUGAAAUUCUUACUGACAGAAAACGAAGUGAACCAUCCAAUAAGAUUAUCAAUGUACAAGUCAACACUUUGGGUGGGAUAUUAUGAAGGCCUUGUCGAAGUGUUUAAAUACAGAAUAUAA